GAGAAAGAAGCCCAGGUUUCGUGUUCCCUCAAAUUCCAGACUAUUACCAGAUAAAAUGUCGGACGCAGUCAACUCCGUCGUGAUCCAUUAUCCGAAACCGGAGAAAAUCCAGGAGUUUCGAGACCUCGUCCUCCGCGUAAAGAACACAUUCAAGCACUUCCCGGGUAAUCCGUACCACCACGCCUUUGAAGUCGGAACGGGCGAGGAUGUUGAGAUUGUUAUUUUCGAGAAGCACAAGGACCAGGAGUCACUAGACCGCAUCCAUCAGUCAUCAGAUUUCAAAGAGAUCACCGAGCUUGCCGGACAGCUCAUCAGACAACCACCGCGGCUGAUUCAGGGCGCGCCGCUGCCUGGGUUUGAGGGCAAUAGCAAAACCGCCGCAGCGGCGUUUUUGGUGGAUAGUCAGUGGGUGUAGUGUAGGC